UUCUCCUGAUCGUCAAUGGCCAUUACUACAGUUACAGCUCGUAUCACUGAUAAGCUCUCUCCUGCAUUCACCUCCCCGGCUAUGACCAGAGCUUACCAUCUCGAUUUUUGUUACUGGAAGUCAACCCAACGACUGACCUCAGUCGCGUAUGGUAAUCGGGAACUCGGAUUCGGUGGGAGGUUAAAGGCGGCUAAGAAUCCGUAUUCGUUCACGGAGGUGGAACGGCCUGAGGAGCGGAAGAGCUUGACGGAUUUUUUUGUGGAAGCUGGAGAUUUUGUUAGACCAGACGGCGGAGAUGGUGGUCCGCCUCGGUGGUUCUCUCCGUUGGAAUGUGGCGCACGCGCUCCGGGAUCUCCUCUUCUUCUCUACUUACCUGGGAUCGAUGGUACUGGAUUAGGGCUCAUUCGCCAGCAUAAGAGGCUUGGACAAAUGUUUGAUAUAUGGUGUCUUCACUUUCCAGUGAAAGAUCGUACUCCUGCUCGAGAUCUUGUGAAGCUCAUUGAGAAGACAGUUAGGUCAGAGCACUACUGUUUACCAAAUAGACCCAUUUAUUUAGUUGGAGAAUCUAUUGGAGCUUCUCUUGCUCUAGAUGUUGCAGCCAGUAACCCUGACAUUGAUCUUGUCUUGAUUCUUGCUAAUCCAGUCACACGUUUCAACAGCAUCAUGUUGCAACCUUUAUUAAGCUUACUGGAAAUUUUGCCUGACGGACUUCCCAGCUUGAUAUUAGAGAAUUUUGGGCUGAACCAAGGUUCUCCAUUGACAAAAAUGUUCGAGACCAUGCUCAAUGAAACUGACGCCGCGCAGAUGGCUAGAGGGCUAUUAGGAGAAUUAUUUGCAACUUCAUCUAAUCUGCCUACUCUGAUCAGAAUAUUUCCCAAGGACACACUUCUAUGGAAGCUUCAAUUGCUUAAGUCUGCUUCAGCGUCUGCUAAUUCUCAGAUGGACACACUCAACGCACAAAUACUGAUACUCCUGAGUGGACGUGAUCAAUGGUUAAUGAACAAGGAAGACAUUGAAAGACUCCAUGCAUUGCCAAGAUGUGAAGUUCGUGAGUUUGAGAAUAGCGGACAGUUCCUCUUCUUGGAGGAUGGAGUAGAUCUGGUGAGUAUCAUCAAGCGUGCGUAUUAUUAUCGCCAUGGGAAAUCUUUUGAUUAUAUAUCAGAUUACAUUCCGCCUAGCCCAUUUGAGUUCAAAGAGUAUGAAGAAUCCCAAAGAUUGCUAACUGCUGUUACCUCCCCAGUCUAUCUCUCAACUCUAAGCAAUGGUGCAGUAGUAAGAUCGCUUGCAGGAAUACCUUCAGAGGGACCGGUUCUAUAUGUUGGCAAUCACAUGUUGCUUGGUAUGGAGUUGCAUGCAACAGCAGCUCAUUUCUUGAAAGAAAGGAACAUUCUGUUGCGAGGACUGGCACAUCCAUUGAUGUUUACCAAAACAACUGGCUCAAAACUCCCUGAUGUGCAGUUGUAUGACUUAUUUAGGAUAGUAGGCGCAGUUCCUGUCUCGGGUAUGAAUUUCUACAAACUACUUCGUUCAAACGCUCACGUGGCUUUGUAUCCCGGUGGUGUCCGUGAAGCUUUGCACAGAAAGGGUGAAGAAUACAAGUUGUUUUGGCCAGAACAUUCAGAGUUUGUAAGGAUCGCAUCUAAAUUUGGAGCAAAAAUCAUUCCUUUUGGAGUUGUUGGAGAAGAUGAUGUUUUUGAAAUGGUUUUAGAUUACAAUGAUCAAAUGAAGAUCCCUUUCUUGAAGAAUUUUAUAGAAGAGAUAACACAAGACUCUGUUAACUUGAGGAACGAUGAAGAAGGAGAAUUAGGAAAACAAGAUUUGCAUGUGCCUGGGAUAAUUCCCAAGAUUCCGGGACGGUUUUACGUAUACUUUGGGAAACCAAUAGAAACAAAAGGUAGAAAGAAAGAGCUAAGUGAUAAAGAGAAUGCUCAUGAGGUUUACUUGCAGGUCAAGUCUGAGGUAGAAAAUUGUAUGACCUAUUUGAAGAUGAAAAGAGAAAUUGAUCCUUACAGAAACAUUUUGCCGAGGUUGCUCUAUUACUUAUCUCAUGGCUUGUCUUCCCAAAUCCCAACCUUUGAUCUACGGGAUCAUUAAAAUUUAGUAACUAGACUUUGUAUUUCUAUUAACGGGUUAUCUUACUUAACUGUGUGAUUAAAACACGUAGAUUUGGGUUAUUGUAAGUUACAACAUUUAUAAUAUAAGUUAAUAUAUACUUAUUAUAGUUUA